UUUGAGACGAAGUAACAACGAGUUCUUAUGUGAUCUAUCCACGGCGCCCCCUUGGAACCCACUGACCAUUCCACUUUUGUCGAUAAUCAACCAGGCGAGACAAGUUUGUUCGUUCUGGAUCGACUCACUAACGGCCUCUGUGUCUUACCCGCGGUGUUCGUUCUGCUCGUCGUAUCACCAAAUUCUGCUAUUUUCGUCGUUGCUUAACUCCAUCACCCGUCACUUACCGACAUUUGCGGCUAUUUUUUGCACAUGUCACUCAAGAAAUUCAUACACCGAAUGGUGCAGAAACUCGAGAAUGAGCCAUCUGUUGACGAUUUACCGAAAAAUCCUCCGUCACCAAAAAGUCGCUUGGCUGUGCUGAAACGAACGAAGAAACCAACUCAAACAUCGGACCCUUUCCGGUUUCAAGGAAAUGGCGUCACAUACAAGGGUAAAUUAAUUGGUGAACGAGAUGUGGAUAGCGCUCGAGGAGACGCAAUGUGUGCUGAAGCUAUGCGAGCAGCUAAAGCUGCUGUAAAAGCUGCAGGGGCACACAAGACUCGGAUCAUACUUCAGAUAAACAUUGAUGGAAUCAAGAUAGUCGACGAGAAGAGCAAUGCUGUUCUGCACAAUUUUCCGGUUUCGAGGGUAUCCUUCAUAGCUCGUGAUACUACAGAUGCUAGAGCUUUCGGAAUUGUAUUUGGACAACCAGACAAUAAGUAUAAGUUUUAUGGUAUCAAGACUGCACAAACUGCUGAUCAAGCGGUUCUUGCCAUCCGAGACAUGUUCCAGGUUGUGUUCGAGAUGAAGAAGAAGCACAUUGAACAAGUGAAACAACAGCAAGAGGAGAGGAAAACGAAAAAUGAAAGCACACCAACGGAUGGAGUUGCUGUGGCCGAUUUGUUAGAUUUGGAAACGGAAGUACAGCAAAUAGAGCAAGGUCUCCAACAGUUGGAACAGAUUCCCACUGGAACAGAUGCAUUUGGUGCAACACCAUUCGCUGAUCCAUUCCAAGAUAGCUUCGUUGCUAGUCCUCCAUCGAUGAAUGGUUCAGCGCAGCAAGUUCAGCCACCGUUCCAGCCGCAGUUCGCACCGCAAGUUCAAAAUGGGGUUUGGCCACAACAGCCAGCUGUGGCAGCACAAGCACCUCAAAUUCCACUUCAGAUGCCUGUACCACCAGCGAAUCCGCCUUUUGUUGACGCUUGGGGAACCGCUCCUCAAAUGGCGCACACGCACAGCACACCAGCCUUCAUUCCAGCUGGUUUCUCACAAACCAAUCCGUUCGUCUCUGCUGUCGCUGCCCCUCAAGUGCAGCAUGUUCGAGAUCCGUUUGAUACACGCAACGUUUUGCAAGUGCCACAAGUAAUGCCGGUAGCACGUACGGUCGAUUGGGGAACGAAAGAAAACGCAGCGCCGCAAAUGCAACAUGCAAACUCGUUUACGAAUGCCACUUGCUUUGGAGAUAACAACUCGCAACAGAAAUGGGAGGAGCCACGUAAAGUUACAUCGCUUGAAGAGGCUUUCACAAAACUUGUUGAUAUGAACGCUCUCGUCGCACGGCCGGCUAACGACACGAAGAAAAACCCGUUUGAUCACAUUUUGAAUCCACCGAAGGCAUCUUUGAAUGCUCUUGGAUCAGUACCGAUGCGUCCAGCCCCGGCAGUUAUGGCUAACCAUGCGGACCCAUUUGGCGAUGAAUUCUUCCGUUAAAUUUUCCCUGAUCGUGGCUUCUCGACUCCUCCUGUCAUCCUCUCGCUUUCUCAACAUCGAGGCUUCUUCCCGCCAUGGAAGUCGUACGCUUGAACCAUCUCUCUCUUCUUUUCGCCCGUUCCGGUGCUGCACCUUUUUCCAUUUUUUGUUUUCUUUUUUCCUUUCGAUGUGCUCUUUCAAGAUUACCUUUCACGCAUAUCUGCAUGUUCACCAAUGUUUACGAUGUUUCGUAACCAACUCGGAGAAGUUUAUUCUCCCACAACUACGAUCCUGCAUUUAUUUCUAGGAUCUACAUUAUACACUCUAGUAGUAAUGUUCACAACAGAGUAAUAAUCUUCUUUUACUCUUAAGUCCAUUUAUUAAUUAUAAUAUCAGUUUUAAAAACAGCUGAUCACUAGUUGUGUGCAUAAUGUGAUCUGUGUCUCGGACUUCGAGUACCUGUGAUACCGUGGUCUUACGACUGCUUAGUUGGGCCUGUUUUCUUCUCACUGCUCCUUUCUACCACCUGUACUGACGAACCCCAGCUGCCAUACCAUCAGUGCAGCGGAACGUCUUGCAGCACGUGCUGUUCAUGGCCUCGAUCAUUUCAGAUUCAAUUCUCUGAAUCGCUCAUUGCUACACGGACCCCUCUGAUUAGUCUUUAUCGGAUCUUGCUAACUAGAAAUUUGGUGUAUAAGCGUUCUAAUCGCUUUUUUUGCAGCGAAUGUAUGUUUCAACAUGUACGUUUGCCACUUUGUUCAUAUUUGUACAUGAAGGUUUUAUUCUU